AUGGGCACCCCUCAAUAUCACUACUCGUCCCUGCCUGGACAGGGAUGGUUCCGGCUGCUCAUCAUCGAACCAGCAGAGGCCUCACAGGGCAUUUCAUGCAGGCUUGAACACCAUGAAAUAGACAGCUGUACCUCGUAUGAAGCCAUUUCAUAUACUUGGGGCGACGAGAAGUCAACAGAGUCCAUGCUCGUCAAUGGCAAACGGUUCCAUCUCCGCCCAAAUCUAUUCUCAGCUUUUCAAGUCAUGCGUAGCGCCAAAACCCCACGCACCAUUUGGGUUGACGCCAUUUGCAUCAAUCAAGACGAUAUCUCUGAAAGAAACGACCAAGUCCGGCAGAUGAACGACAUUUACUCCAAUGCCGACGUUGUCAAUGUCUGGCUUGGUGAGUCAACCGAAAGCUCAGAUAUUGGUAUCGACUUCCUGCAAAAGUUUCAUACGCUUGUCUAUCAAAACCGAAAAGGACGUAUGCCCGUUGUUGGGUCCACCCUCGAGCGUCCAGAAGAAAUUGGCAUGAGGCGUUCAGUCUAUCCUCACUCCUUCGAGUCAUACAGCGAAAUAUACGGACCCAUCCUAGCCCAUGACUCUCUUAUCUCCAGCUUAGACCACGCAGUUGCUCUUCUGUCUAGACUCUGGUGGAAAAGGAUGUGGACAUUGCAAGAAAGCGUCCUCUGUCCAAGAGUAAUAUGCUGGUGUGGUACAGAAACAUUUCCGAUUCAUUAUCUUUAUGACCUGUCAUACUUUAUAUACUUCUCUGUCAACUUCAACUGCUGGAAAGGAUCUCCAAUUGAUCCUGAAGUUUCACUGAGAGCAGUUUGGAGAGCUGCAGAUCUCAGUCAGCGUUUAAUGACCAGAACAGGCAUUCGAGUAGCUUUGGCCCUCGAUUCGACUUGGAACCGAGCCGCAUCGGAUCCAAAAGAUAAGGUCAUUGGACUUUUGGGUUUGGUAGGUCGUCGCCCUGACCUCGAACCUGAUUAUUCAUGGCCUGUUGAAAAGGUCUACAGGGUGGCUAUGCGAGCGGCGUUGGUCGAAGAUGGAGACCUUGAUUGUCUUGGAUUAAUAUCAGAAGACCGAAAAUCCAGGAACGAGAAGCUCAACUCUUGGGUUCCGGAUUUCGAUGCCCACAAUGAACCAUUCUCCGACUACAUAACCUCGUUGACGAAACCCAUCUUUUCACCACGACCUUACGACGCGUCUCUUCGAGGUUCCAUUUCGCCUUCCAUCAGCACAGAAAACGACGAUUCGAUUCUCGUAUUGAAGGGACUCGCUGUUGAUUCAGUUCAGAAAGUUGGCGAGAAAGCGCCCGGUUGGAAGGAUCAAGACCACAGCAAGUGGGCAGACACCAUGCGAUCCGUGUUGGACAGAUGGCGUUCUCUUUUGCCUGCCACUAGAUAUUAUCGAACUGGUGAGGAAUAUUAUCAAUCUUUUUGGAGGACGGUCCUCGUGGAUCUCAAGCAGGGCGAGCAUCCUAAGCCGUCAAGUGCCAUCGGGCCACAAAGACUUGAUGAUCUAGACAAACAGGAGUUGAUUCGGCUCGACACGUCUGAAGGGCUGGAAAAUCUGCUGAACACUUGGGCAGCUUGCGUCCAGAUUGAAUAUCGGCAGCUGCGUCUUAUUGAGCAAUUUAGCAGGCGAUUCUUUGUCACUACUACUGGCUAUAUUGGCCUGGGGCCGAGUGAACUCGAGUCUGACGAUGCUAUUUGUAUUCUUCUUGGCGGGGGUGUUGCGUAUGCUCUCAGGAAGAAUGGAGCUACCUGGCGCUAUAUCGGCGAAUGUUAUGUUCACGGGAUCAUGGAUGGAGAGAUCAUCAAAUCCAUGGCUGUUGAGUCAUUUAGGGAGUUUAGAAUUGUGUAG